AUGGAAGUAGAAAACCAAACUCGAGUCACCAUGUUCAUUCUGGUGGGUUUCCCGGGGCCCUGGGGUAUGCGUGUAGCAGUGUUCCUUUUGUUCUUUGGAGCCUAUAUUCUGACAGUGGCUGAAAACAUGAUCAUCAUUCUGUCAGUUCAGUGGAGUCGGCCCUUGCACAAGCCUAUGUACUUCUUCCUGGCCAACCUGUCCUUUCUGGAGACCUGGUACAUCUCUGUGACUGUACCCAAAUUGCUGUUCAGUUUCUGGUCCAUGAGAAACAGCAUCUCCUUCACUCACUGUAUGAUACAACUUUACUUCUUCAUUGCACUCAUGUGCACAGAAUGUGUGCUUCUUGCUGCCAUGGCCUAUGACCGUUAUGUGGCCAUCUGCCUCCCACUCCACUAUACCACAUCUAUGAGCCAUGGGAUCUGCUUCCGCCUGGUUCUUGGUUCCUGGAUCAUUGGCUUUGGAAUCUCCUUGGCUAAGAUCUACUUCAUUUCUCAGCUCAGCUUCUGUGGCCCCAAUGUGAUCAAUCAUUUCUUCUGUGACAUCUCUCCAGUACUUAACCUCUCCUGCAAGGACAUGUCCAUAGCUGAGUUGGUGGACUUUGUUCUGGCAUUGAUCAUCUUCCUCUUCCCCCUUUCAAUCACUGUCCUAUCCUAUGGAUGCAUUCUGGCCACCAUUCUACGCAUGCCCACAGGGAAGAAGAAGGCAUUUUCUACUUGUGCCUCCCACCUUGUGGUUGUCACCAUCUUCUAUUCAGCUACCAUAUUCAUGUAUGCCCGGCCCCGAGCCAUACAUACCUUCAACAUGAACAAAGUAAUUUCUAUCUUCUAUGCCAUUGUCACACCAGCUCUCAACCCUUUCAUUUAUUGCCUAAGGAACCGAGAGGUCAAAGAGGCUCUGAAGAAACUGGCCUGUUGCCAGUCCAUUCACUCUGACUAG